AUGCAUUUAAGUAUGCACUUGCAUGAUCUCAACUUAAGCCCACUGAAACACCACCCCAACCUCCAGCUUGCCACCAUCUCCCUUACAUUUUCUGUACAUAUUAAAAAGAACAAAGGACAAGUCAAAGGGCAAGAAGAGCCGGAGGAAGAAAACUGGUCCGCAAGGCUUCCUUCAUCUGAUCGGCGAUACAUCGACCGGACGCUUCCAUCGAUCGGAUCACUGCCGCUCGUCACUGGAUCUCUUCCGAGCUGUCUCGUUGGCCGACAGACUGUCUUGCGCAUCCGUGCAUAUCCUCCUUGGGCAUUCCGGUCAACUUUUUCGGUUCGGGUGCAACGCUUCGUCGCGUGUCACGUUGUUUCAUUUUCACCGGUACUCAUACAGCUCGUGCUUCGCUGGCCGCUGAUGUCCGAAGCUUUUCCUCAAGAUCCCUCGCUAGUUCAAGUUCAAAAUAAUAUUCGCCAAGCAGAAUUGCUAGCAUCUCAGAGCUACCCCGAUGACCUGAUAAACUCCCGACCCCAAGAGGAAACUCUUGCGUUCCUUCAGGAUCGUCUCAAAUCCCUGAAAAAAGUCGUCCAAGUCGGCCUCCUGGAGCGCUACAUCAGGAUCUGCCGGAAAUCCUCGACAAACUACCCACCCCUGCCAAUCACCGGAAUCAAAGCUUGUCUCUAUAUUCUCAAGGUCUCAACCGACGUGACUGACACGUCCAUCAAGGAGAAGCUCGCGAUCGUGUUAGAAAGCUGGAGGCUUAUCUUGGAACAGGAGAUUGGCCCUACGUUUGCUGGAUCACAAUCUGUUUGGACUUGCAAAGCUUUAUGUCAGCUCACUGGACGGGCCGAAAUCACUGCAGGUCCACCCAUCGCCAACUCUGGCAAAAGGAAGCGCUCGCAGGAUAAUUUAAACGGAGCUCAUGACAUAUCCACCCCCAGCGCCUCUCCACUCCCUCAGCGCUGUCGAACUUCCACGUCAAGAGUCCCAGAAACUGUGGUAUCGCAGGAUAGUCCUCGUGAUCUCCCCCCAAACACCCUUAGUGAUCCAAAAAAUACCGCCAACGAGGUCGCGGUCUGCACAAAUACGCCACCAUCAGAAUCCAAUAAACCUACUAGCGUGCAAACUCCAACAAUUAAGCAAGACCUUGUCACAUCAUCGUCUAACGACCCUCCUAAAACAGUAGAGCCACCUCUAUUGCAGACCUCGUCCUCCGCUGCAGCCUCCCGUGAUCAAAUCACUCCGGUCACUUCUCAUCCACUCGCGCCAUCCUCAACUGGGAGCUCAUCAGCGCUACCACAAUCGAAAGUGCUUACUUCUCAAGACCUCGUCAUAUCAUCGUCUACCGACCCUUCCAAAAUAGGAGAGCUAUCUUUAUUACCGACCUCGUCCUCCGCUGCAACCUCUCAUGAUCAAAACACUCCGGUCACCUCUCGCCCACUCGCGUCGUCUUCAACUGGGAGCUCAUCAGCGUUCCCGCAAUCUAACGACCUCCCAUCGGAAGCAGUCAAUCAUGCAAUUGGUCCCCAAGAAUCUAUAAAAUCACAGCCUCCGACCGCUUCUCAAAAUCAAAUAUCAAGAUUGGCCCAAAAUAACAAUCAGCAGGUCAAAACAGUCACCUCAGCGAUUAAUCAUACAAUACGCGAGCACGACGACGUGUCACAAACUAUGCUCGUCCCAACUGGGCCCCCUGCCAAUCCUGCAUCCUCUGCGCAAUUGAAAAAUUGGCAGCAUUCUUUUCGUCGGCUUGAUGCGAGAAUAACUGAACUCCUGGAAAUAAUGCCACUAACUCCAGUUAUUCCCUUCAACAACACCUUCUACAAGCCCAAUCCUUACUCGCCCGGCUUCCAAUGGACAUCGCCAAGCCUUUCUUCCUAUGUAGACCCACCAGGAUUGAGUUUAACUAGCAUUCCUUUGAUCGUUACUUUUCGACCCCAGCUUGAACUGCAUAGCCUGCCCACCAAAAGCACCUCUGUUACUACGCCUUCUUCUUCAACGAAUCUUGCGACGAGUGGAAUUGAUUCAGAGAAAAGUUUGACCGUUGUCUCGACAUUUGCUUCGGCCGUACAGGAUAGUGCAACCCGCGGCAAACUACCAACUCCUGCAUCCCCAGAAGUACUUUCUUUACCGCCAGCCCGACCUCGCUCUGCGAUCGAGCCCACUCCAUCAGGCCCUCUGGCUUGCAGCAAACAAGGAAGUAGUAGCAUGCCGCCUAGUCUACCACAAUCUAAACAGCUGGCGGAAAAUGACCCUGUUGAGCCGCAGUCAAUCUUCAACGUCACUCACGCCCAAAAAAUGAAAUUUGUGGAUACGUAUCGACGCGUUGAUGCAUCUGGGAAAGCCAAGUUAGAGGCUACAUUAAAGAAGAACAAACUGUGGGGUGUUCUGGCUCCUCUUUUGACUCCGGCCGCCAUCGAGACUCCAAGCUCUACCACGCCUCCAAAAUCUCCGCCCGCCCGUCCGCCUCAUGUCAAUGCUGCAAUGACGCCCCCCGAUUCGACGAUUGUGCAACCCUCCUCUUCAUCCACACCGAAGCUUCACAUAGCAAGUACGGCUAUACAAAGUAAACGUGCCCUUCCAAACGUAUCACCGAACCAGCAUGUCGCAUCUACCACUGAUUCUGAGUCUUCGAAGAGUAUGCCCAAGCCGGCCACACCCCAGUCUAUCAAAACUGCAGCUCACGCAGCCUACAUAAAUAACGCCCCGCCUUUUAGAGAAACAUCGCUGGAUCCUGUCCUGAGCAAAAUGAUCUUAGCCAUGCUUGCAGCAGAACCUCAAGGGACAAGCGUCCUCCUGGCCGCAUUCGAAACACUAGGAAUACGCAACCGCGAUGCCAUUAUGACUCAUCUGAAGUCUCUUGCGGUCUGUGUUAAUGGAAAAGAUAAUGUUUGGCAGCUACGCACUCAAUCGGGUCCAGGCUCCCCCUCCAGAGUCUUACCAGCGCCAUUAUUGAUUGCUAGUCAUCCGCAACUAACGCCUAAACCGGAUGAUCCGAUAGCAACGCCAGCGCCGCAUGCCAAAGAUGCACCACCGCCGCCUGCUAAUUCACUUCCCAAUGGGACCGCCGAGAAAUCUUCCUCCUUGGCAAUCGACCGGCCGUUUCACACGCCCGAAAGGCUGCGCAGCCGUUUACCACGCUUAUCUGAACCACCCAUUCCUCGGCAGGCGGAGCAGAACCUAGUCACGAACGGGAUCAAGGAGCAAAGCGGAAGAAAGGCGGUACAGAGUACGAAAGACAUUAAUGGAGCCAGCGCCGAGUGUGAGGAGGAGAUAGAGGUCAUCCGGUUGGUUGACCUGAAGAACCCAAACAAAGCGACACCCAUGGGUACUCCGGUGAUCGAGAAAGAUUCUUCGGCGACGAAAAAAGAAACUUCGGUUGGUGGACUGGAGAGUCGAAACCUGGCUUGUAUGGCUAAUCUGGAAACCAGGAGAGCAGCUUUCAACAGUCGACGCGGGGACACUCCAGUGGAUGAGCGUUCAUUGAGUAUGAAGAAAGCUCCCAAAAAAACCCAAGCUCUGAAAGACACCAAAGACCGCCGAUAUUUGAAUAUCCUCGACGACGGCUUGCCCGGCUUCCCCGACGUCGAUCCCGCCAUUCAAAUCAAAGGUUGCCCCGCACGUAUCUUGGCUCGAUACCCCGCCGAUCAACAAAUGCCUCCAAUCAGAACUUUUGUUCCAUUACUUAAAAAAGCUAAACCAUAG